GUUAUGACGUACUACGCACGCGCAGUUUAAAUUCGCCGUCAAAUACGCCGAUGUGGCUCCUGUGCCUUUAAACUCGUGGUAGUUUGACUUUUCCCGCAGGUUUUAAAGCGAACCGCUGCAAUGAAAUUUGCCGUUGUGUCUUUGUUUUGGCUCUGCGGCUUUAUUUCGGCGGAAGAAAACGAGAGGCUGCCGAAUAAAUGCGAAGUGUGUAAGUUUCUGACAGUCGAGCUGCAGGACGCUCUGGAGAAAACCGCUCGCUCCCGUGAAGUCUUGGAGGUCGGAGAAGUGUUGGGCACCGGCAAAAGGAGGAAAAAGAUCAAAUACAACACCUCGGAAACUCGGCUGACUGAGGCUGUAGACAACAUAUGCGAGCGCAUCCUGGAGUAUAAUGUUCAUGCAGAGAGGCCUGGCAGCCUGAGAUAUGCUAAGGGCUCCAGUCAGACCAUGACGACCCUGAAGAAUCUGGUACACAAAGGGGUUCAAGUGGACUUGGGGAUGCCGUACGAGCUGUGGGACGAGCCCUCUGUGGAGGUGACAGACAUGAAAAAACAGUGUGAGACGAUGCUGGAGCAGUAUGAGGAUGUGGUGGAGAACUGGUACUUCCAUCAUCAGGACCAGAGGCUGGAGAAUUUCCUCUGUGAGAACCACGUCCUCGAGACAUCAGAGCAAGAGUGUCUAAAGGAGGUGUGGAAAGGAGACAUAGGGGACAAAGAAGGAGCUGAGGAGGAGACAAGUGUGGAGGAGGAGGUAGAAGAGGGAAAGAUUCAUGAUGCCGGGGAGCUUUGAAGAAGACAAGGGGAACAAAGAAGACAACACUACACCUCAGUUACAGGUUUUUCUAACUGCAAACUGGUGGACAGAAGCUGAAAUCGUUUGAGAGGGUUUCAAAUAUUCAGUAAAAGUUACACUUAGAUAUAUAGCUUUACGAUGAACACGUGCAACAUGACACUUUAUAGGAUUUAACCCUAAACGUCUUCCAUUAUUUUGUAUGUGUGGCCUUUCUGAACUGUUACAGCGCUCCCUGUGAGGUUUUAAACCUUUAUCUUUAAUAUUUGAAUGUUAGAUCAUCAUGUGACUUCUCCCUUUGCCACAGUCAUGGUACAUAUCAGUAUUGUUGUAUCCCUAAUUGCAGACUUGAAGUGCAGUAUGUACAGUUUUUUUUCAUGUUUAAUAAAAUACUACUUUUACAGUGCCUCUGUACAAAAUCACUCAUGAAAUACA